GCUCCUGUAGAAAGAAUUCCUUUGUGGAACUCAAUUUUUUUUGUAAGGUCAAGAUGAAAUCCUUUCUCCUUGUAUAGCAUCAGUAAACUUGAAAAGUUCAAGAUGGGUUUCUGAGGAUCAUACUGGGAACAAGGAACAUGUGGUGACAUGAAAGAAACAAGGUGUCCCCCGGUCUCAACUGUCUCUCGCUUGGUUCUCUUUCAAGAUGGCAAAACAGAAAAGGCCACUUUUCCUAUUGCUGUGCAUUUCACACUCUUUUGUUGGUUGUUUGUUCCAAAGUAGCAUCAUUCCUUGGUUUCUCUCCGAUGAUAGUGAUGAUUUAGCCACUGUGGAUAGGUUCCCUUGGAUGGUGUCCCUGCAGGAUUCACAGUACACCCAUUUGGCUUUCGGAUGCAUCCUAAGUGAGUUCUGGAUAUUAAGCAUCGCUUCCCGCCUUCAGAACAGGAAGAAGGUCUUGGCAUUGGUUGGUAUAACCGACAUGAAUGCCAGGAGAAGAACCCAGCCGGAGUAUCCCAUCGAUGGCAUUUUCAGUCAUGAGAGCUUUAAUUACAUCACCAUGGAGAAUAACAUCGCCCUCCUGAAGACCUACACAGCCAUUGAGUUCAGUGACCAAGUUCAACCCAUCUGCUUUGCUAGCAGGAACCUGGCCCCAAGCAUCCUGGAGAACUGCUGGUUGUCAGGAUGGAUCCACACUGCUGCAACCAGAAAGAGAAUGGAGAUGGGCGUCCUGAGGAAGCUCCCUAUGCAGGAAGUGUGGCCCUGUUCCUUAAAGAGAUCCCGAGGAACUGUCUGCUUUAACUUUAAGGAAGAGUACAACAGCUAUGAAUGCUUGGGAGACCCGGGAAACCCAGUGAUGUGCCAAGUUAAGCCGACCAACCAGUGGAUCCUGAACGGCGUCCAGAACGAAGGCGGAAGGAGCUGCCUCGGACCCUUCCUUUACACCAAGAUCUCUUACUACAGCAGCUGGAUUUCCAAAAUGAUAAAGAAAGAAGGGCUUGAUUUAUGCCCCGUCUUCAGCUGGCGAGAGCGCCAGUCCGGCCGCUCCUCGGACGCGGGUGUGGAACUACAGAACAGCUCCGUGCUGGAGAAGCCAGUCCCAGACUCGUCUGCUCCUCUCCCGCGGGGACCCUCUUUUCGUCCCCACCGGCCGCGACUUCCCACCGCUCGGCCGCAUUCCGGUCCGCGUGCUCCUCCGCAGAGGGAAGAGCAGCCACAGAAUCGGGAGGAAGAAACCCGUCUGAAGCCCACUGCCGAUAAAAAAGUCCCGGCCAUGGCAGGGGAGCCAGGGGGGGCUGAGAGCGCAGCCAACAAGCUCCAAGCCGAGACGACGAGGGCCAGCUCGAAGGGCAGCGCUGAGCCCGUCUACUACGACUACUACAGCGGGGAAGUCAUGCCCGUGUCGGGGCAGGACCGGCGGCGUCCGGCCCGGGAAGCCAUCUCCGCGCUCUGCUUGCUGGCCCUUGUCCUCGGGGAUGUCGCAUCCAGGGGCUAGCCCGCUCACCCGACAUCCUCCGCUGAGAAGCCCACGCCCGCGGGAUGUGCCGCUCCUGGGCAGCCGCCCGUCUCCCCGUGCCCGGGCGCACGGAGGGCAUUCUCGGUGCCGUACCCCACUCUCCUUCCUCCCGUGCCCCUGGGCCUUUGGGCCAACAGCUGGCCACUGGCCAUGUCCCUCCACCUCCCCCCGGCCCGUGCUUCUUUUAGCAUUCAAGGAGCCUCGGAUGGGGCAAACGAAGCGUUCUUCCCUCGGAGAUGGACUCCCAGCGGGCACCAGCCCAGAGGAGCCAGACACGCACCCAGGGCAGACCCUCCCUCCCCCGGCGCCAAUGUAAACCCCACGUCAAAGACUUUAUUACUAAAAAGGGAUUUGUUUCUUUAA